UAGUCUGACUUUUCUUUCUUCGCAUGACUAAACUGCAUGCGCUCGGCACUCCUCUCAAGAUCCAAAUUAGUUGGAUUGAAUUUACUGUUAACUGUGAAUUGAACUUACUGCUAAAUAGUGAAAUAUCAAGUAUUUCAGUUGUACUUAACUAGAAUAGUUGUGUUUGGUUUAGUUACAUCCCCAAAACCUCGACUCAAAAUGCAGGACCCCAACGAAGACACCGAGUGGAACGAUGUCCUCCGCGCCAAGGGAAUCCUUCCGCCGAAGCCAAAAGAGGCGGAAAUCACCGAGGAUGACAUUAUCGGCAUGAUUGAGAACACGAUCGAGCAGAAGGCGAACGGCGGCAAAGACAUGUCCAAGAUGGGCCUGGACGAACUGGACGAGCUGGAAGAUUCCGAGGACGAAGCCGUGCUGGAGGAGUACCGUCGCAAGCGGAUAGCCGAGCUGCAGCAGCUGGCCCGGAAGGCCAAGUUCGGUUCGUUGCUGGAGAUUUCCGGCCAGGACUACGUGAACGAGGUGACCAAGGCCGGCGAAGGAAUCUACGUCGUGCUGCACCUGUACAGCCGAGGAGUUCCGUUCUGUUCGCUGGUCAAUCAGCAUCUGUCCCAGCUGGCGCCCCGUUUUCCGGCGACCAAGUUUGUCCGGGCCAUCGCCACGACCUGCAUUCCGAACUACCCGGAGCGGAACCUGCCGACGAUCUUCAUCUACUACGAGGGCCAGCUGCGGAAGCAGUUUGUGGGGAUGAUCGAACUGGGCGGCACGAAUCUGACCUGCGACGAGCUGGAGUACAUGCUGGGCCAGACGAAGGCGAUCGAAAGUGGCAUCACGGAGGAUCCACGGAAGGAGAGGGCGGUCAAGGACAAGAUGUUCGCGGAACUGGCGGACAAUAAUGAUUGGUAGAGAGUGGAGGCAAAGUUUUUCAUUUAGCUCAACCAAACACAUUUGUACUCGAUUGCAAUAAAACAUAUUUUUUACAUUAA